UCAUCCAUCCAUCCAUCCAUCCACCAGCCACUUCACACAGGCAAGCGAGUGGUAGAGGUUCAGGCAUGGCAGCUCCGAGAGCGCUCGUCCUCGCCGUCCUGCUGGCGAUCGCCGUCGCCAACGCCGAGGCGGCAUCGGUCGUAGUCGGUCUGGCCAAGUGCGCCGACUGCACCAGGAAGAACCUCAAGGCCGAGGAGGCCUUCAAGGGUCUCCAGGUGGCGAUCAAGUGCAAGAACGUCCACGGCGACUAUGAGAGCAAGGCGGUGGGUGCCCUCGACGGCACCGGCGCCUUCACCGUGCCCCUCGCCGCCGACCUCCAUGGUGCUGACUGCGUCGCGCAGCUCCACAGCGCCGCCUCGAACGCGCGGUGCUCCGGCCAGGAGCCAUCCAAGAUCGUGCCUGUUUCCGAGGGCACCACCUUCGGCAUCGUCGCCGGCGACAGCAUUGCCACGCCGUCUACAGCGUCACCGGAGUGCGCGUCCAUGACCCUGUGCGGGCCAAUCAAAAAGCACAUCAUCGAGCACUUCCACCACAAGAAGCCCGUGCCACCGAAGCCGGAGCCCAAGCCCCAGCCUCACCCGGACUACGGCCCCGUACCCAAGCCCGAGCCCAAGCCGCAGCCCCAUCCGGACUACCACCCCCACCUACGGCGGCGGCGGUGGAUACCACGGACACCACUAGUGACUCCGAUCUACCACCAUCCGUCACAGCAAUGAAGUGACGCUGCUAUUUAUAUAUGUGCACGGGUUAGCUUGGUCUUCUAUCAUUCAAAACUAGAUCAUAAUGACGCGCGUUGCUGCGCUCAUCCUUUAUAUCUGUAUAAGAUAUAAUGAUCAUAAUAUCAUCAUUCAAAACUAGAUCAUAAUGACGCGCGUUGCUGCGCUCAUCCUUUAUAUCUGUAUAAGAUAUAAUGAUCAUAAUAUCAUAAACAUCUGAAAACAUGAAAUAUAAAAGUUAAGUUUACAUAUCUUUCUCAUAUUAUGCCACUAAUAAAAGAGGAGAAUUUUAUUCA